GGAGGACAGAAAUGACAGUUUUGCCCCUGCCUGGGAGAGAGAAAGGGGGAAGGUACAACAAGUAAAGACAGGGAGACAGGCAGCCAAAUAGCAAUAGCAUAGAUAGAUCCCCCCACGCACGCCUCUCUGCUUUGCUCUCCUUUGCUUUGCUUUUCUUUUCUUUGCUUGCUUCCCCUCCUUACCACCGACUCCUCCUCCAUUAAUGGCCGCCACCAAGAACCCUUCAACCCCCUCUUGACCGCCUCCCUCUGCUCCGUCCGUGCCCCUACUCCUCUGCGCCUCCGAGAGAAAGAAGCUGUACCUAUAUUUUCUAUCCUGUUCUUCGCGGUGGAGGCUAGUUGUUGUUGUUAUUGCUGCACGAGAUGCUGAGCUCGGCGGCGGCGAUGGGGAUGGGAGGAGGGUACCACCACCACCAGCAGCAGCAGAGGGGGGCGGCGGUGUUCACGGCGGCGCAGUGGGCGGAGCUGGAGCAGCAGGCGCUGAUUUACAAGUACCUCAUGGCCGGCGUGCCCGUGCCGCCCGAUCUCCUGCUCCCCAUCCGCCCCCACUCCGCCGCCGCCGCUGCCUUCUCCUUCGCCAACCCCGCCGCCUCGCCCUUCUACCACCACCACCAUCCCUCCAUGAGUUACUACGCGUACUAUGGCAAGAAGCUUGACCCCGAGCCGUGGCGGUGCCGUCGCACCGACGGCAAGAAGUGGCGGUGCUCCAAGGAGGCGCACCCUGACUCCAAGUACUGCGAGCGCCACAUGCACCGUGGCCGCAACCGUUCAAGAAAGCCUGUGGAAUCCAAGACCCCUUCCCCUGCGCACCAGUCGCAGACCCAGUUAUCUGCUGUGACAUCGACAGCCCGUGACGCCGAGCCUCUCCAGUCCCUGGGAGUUGGGGCCAAAACCCAUGGCCUGUCUCUCGGCGGGGCUGGCUCGUCGCAGAUGCAUGUUGAUGCCUCGUCAUACGGUGGCAAAUACUCUGUUGGAGCUAAAUCUGAUGUGGGCGAACUGGGCUUCUUCUCUGGAGCAUCAGGAAACACCAGGGGCUUCACCAUUGAUUCUCCAGCAGAUAGCCCAUGGCACUCAAUGCCGUCCAGCGUACCCCCGUACCAAUUGUCAAAAGCUAGAGAUUCUGGCCUCCUGCAAGGUGGAGGCUUCUCGUACUCUCACUUUGAGCCAUCACAGGGGCUUGGGCAGGUAACCAUCGCCUCCCUGUCCCAAGAGCAGGAGCGCCGCUCUUUCAGCGGCGGCGGCGGCGGCGGAGGGCUCAUGGCAAAUGUUAAGCAGGAGAACCAGGCGCUGAGGCCCUUCUUCGACGAGUGGCCCGGGAGGCGGGACUCGUGGUCGGAGAUGGACGACGAGCGGUCCAACGGCACCUCCUUCUCGACGACCCAGCUCUCGAUCUCCAUCCCGAUGCCUAGAUGCGACUGACGGGUGCGGCGUCUCUAUCGGCACACACAGCAGUGUUAUGUUGUAUGGUGCGCCAAAGGCCUUGGUGACGUCCGUGGCAGAUUAGGAGGCCCUUCCUUGUGCUAGGAACGUUCUGUAAGAGUGAGAUUGCUCAUGUAUUGUUAGCGGGGACAAGAGGAACUCGUCGUAGUAGCUGUUUCCAGUAUUCUGCAGUGCUUUGUACUCUCUCAAAACAAGUAGUUGUGUGUUCCUUGUGGAAAUGGGGAAUGUAUGAUGUACUACGUGCCUACUUAUUCAUUCUUGUUGAGGAAUCUGAUGGUUGCUUCGCCAAGAUACCUUUGCAGUGCA